AUGAAGAGGGUGGAGGAGGAGAUGAAAAUGGAGGAGAGGAAGAGGGAGAAGGAGAGGGUAGAAGAGGAGAGGAAGAAGAAAGAGGAGAUGAAAAUGGAGGAGGAGAGGAAGAGGGAGAAGAAGAGGGUGGAAGAGAAGAAGGUAGAAGAGGAGAUGAAGAGGAUGAAGAGGGUGGAGGAGGAGAUUAAAACGGAGGAGAGGAAGAAGAAAGAGGAGAAGGAGGAGAAGAAGAGGGAGGAGGAGAGGAAAAAAGAAGAGAGGAAGAGGAUGGAGGAGGAAUUGAAGAGGGACCAGGAGAGGAAGAUGGAGAUGAAGAGGGAGGAGGAGAGGAAGAUGGAGGUGAAGAGAGUCCCACCUGCGCCCCUGGCCAGAGAGGAGCCUCGGGGCGACGAGGAGGAGGAGAGAGAGGAGGAUGAGGAGGGAACCGGUAAGGGUGCAGAGGGGUCACCAGCUAUCACCGAGGGUCGGCUAGGAGCCAUCCCCGAAGAAGUGGAGCCUGUGGAGGGCAACGAGGUGUCAGGAGGAAUCCUGUCACCGGCUAAAGAAGGGAUGAUGCCACACCGAGGAAGAGUUGAGGUCGUGGAGGAGGAGGAUGAGGAGAUGAGUCCUGAUGAGGGUUCGCCUGUUGAAGAGGAGGUGUCACGCGCUCUGGGCAGCCGAGAGACGACGAGCAGCUCCGACGAGGAGGAGCUCGUGACCACGCGCGUCAUCAGGCGGCGUGUCAUCAUCAAGGGCGAGGACGUUACAGACAUGCCCACGGACUCGGUGACGGAGGAACAAUUCACAGACGAGUUCGGCAACAUUGUGACAAGGAAGGUUACAAGGAAAAUAAUUCGAAGGAUCCUGAGUCCCGACACAGGCCCCACAACCGGAGGCCUCUUGGACCCUAGCUGCCACGCCCAGCCAGGGACAGUGGCCGCGUCGCUCACCGUGGGCUCCUCACCCACCGUGGGCUCGCCCGGCACCCAGAGGGGAGCAGCGGAGGUGAGCGACUCGGGGGGAGACGCAGCCCCAACCACCGCCGACGCGGGGGGACGGGAAAGACGCGUGGAGGGAGGAGACGACAUCGGGGAACGCCGCUCUCACGUCUACAAGAGAACCGUGGUUCACGCCGAUGAGCGACACAGCGGGGUGCUCCUCACGGAGUGUAGCGGUGGUGAGGCGGUGAUGACGAGGGCGGUGAGCGACUCUGUGGUGACGGGCUCUCACGCCGAGCGUCGCCAUGGAGACCCCGCGCUCACCAUGGACCUGAGCGGCGCUCACCUGGACUUCCAGCAGGCUCUGCUGUAUGCGGGGGCCCCCCCCCAUGUGGGGGAUGUCGACCUCCUGGAGUCGACUGAGACGGUGAACCCCGACGGGUCAACCACCACACGGACGCGCAUGAGGAAGUCCACCUCCCGGGAGCACUCGCGCACGCGCGCACCCAAGGCGAGCGUGCUGGAGCGGCCGGGAGAGGACAGCAGCGGAUAGUGAACGGCUCGUGUGUCAACGGUCUCUGUCCCAUUGCCUCCCAUCACACCGCCCCCCACCCCACCCCCCCACACCGUCUCCCACCAUCUCACAUCGCCUCCCACUAUCACCCACCGUCUCCCGGUCACACAAAUCCUAAAGCCCCGAUGGACACGUCCAAAAACCUGUCCGUGUCUCCGCGUGUCCGCCCCACGUGUGUGUCUCCACCUCCCCGACCCGGCGUGUCGCACCGUCUCCAUGUCGAGUUCACGACGGGGGGGGGGGGGGGGGGGGGGGUCGCCACAAUGACAAAAGCAAAACCAAUUAAAUGAAGUGCAACAAAGAAAAGCAAAGAGCCAUUUGCACAGGAAAAAACUACCGUCUUCACUCGCGGGAGAAAAGUUGAAUAUCGCACCGACACAAAUGCGUGUCGAGCAAUGGAUUCCCUGUAGCCUCGAGUGCGCCCGUUGAUGUCGAGACCGAUCUCAGCACAGCCACGAAGCAGCGGACUCCAAGCAACGUUCACCAGGGCACAGGGGGUGGGGCGGACGGGGCCCACUGUUGCACCGAUGUGUCGACAGACGAGGACGCGAUCACUGCAGGCGCGAGUGACGUCAACAAGAUUCCACAGCUCCAUCUCUUGCACCCGUGUCUACUCCACCUCCCCCCCCCUCCGCGUCUCCCCGUGCAUGCAUGACCAAAGCAAGAGACCCCCCUCGCACCGAUCUCCAUGAAAAGCGGCAGAGGGGGGGGGGGGGGCGGCCCCGGUCCCCGCAUUGCUUUUCUCUGCCCUACCCCCACCCAUACCUUUCCGAGCAUGUUUGCUAUAGCAUGGGGGGGGGGGGGGCGGCAUGGGGGGGGCGGCACGGGGGGGGGCCCACAGGGAAACUGGAGGGUGCACAGCACCCCCGCCUCCCUUAUGUUCUGCCGAGGUCUCUCCUGCUGAGUAUUGAGCAUGCGUGCUUGCGAUGGAGCUCACCUCGACUCAACUCAGCCGGUUCCACUACCAAUACUGACCCCCCCCCCCCUCCACACCCCCCCCCCCCGCUUGGACUCUGCGCUAGCCAGGGCCGUGUGGAUCGAAACUAGCAUGGGCAGUGGGGAAAGCAUUUGAGAGAGCCUAGCAGGUCAAUCACCACCACAACCACCACUACUACCACAGCCAUUAACACCGGCAAGCGUGGUGCAGGUGGCGCGCAAGGUGAGAGUGGAGCAGGUGAGGAGUGGCCCAAUUGGCAGAUGAGGCAGGCUGGCUCGGCGAGUGGGUAGGAUGUGCCCUCUGCCAUGGGAAGGGCGAGUGAGGGGGUGAGUGCAGGCCAGGGGGUCGGUCCUCCCUCCAAGGAUUGAGUUUACUCCGGCUUUUGUCGUUAAAAACCUUUUAUUACUUACGCAAAUAUAUUUAAGCCAACUCCAGCUGUAAUGACUAAUCGUGCUGGCGAUGAUGAAGCUAUACCCUGUAAGUACAAUGACGAGGAUGGAUCGCUGUGGUUGCCUUCACGUAACGAUGUGGCGCCCCGUGCCCAGAUGCAUGAGCAGCCAAUUAAACUUAGCGAGCUGCA